AUGACUAUCAAAAGAACAGUCUAUAUCAAGAUUCCUCGUAAUAGAGAUGGCUUUGUUGAUCCACCAAGCAUAAGAUGGAGUGAAGACAAAGAAAGGAAACUAUGGAAAGUCUUGUCGAAAUCAAAAAGAAAUGACUUAGACUGUGAAUCCGAACAAUUUGGAGUACCUAUAUCAUUCCUUCAACAACAAGCAUACUGGCUUUAUGAGAGUGAACUGGAACAACUGAAGAAUGAAAUGCAAAGAGGUCAAACGGCUGGUACGUCUUCUAAAGAGCCAUCACCGCCGAAAUCAGAACCAAAAUAUGAAGUCAAGUCUACACAUAAUGUUAAUGAAUUAUCAACGUCAACAAAAAGCUUCAAUAUUUUCCAACCUAGACAAGUGAGGAAUGAGUUAACUUAUGAACACUCAAAUGUUGAAUUUUCUGCUGAUCCAAAUGCUACACUAAAGCAUGUCGACUUCGAUAAUGAUAUUUAUCAAACUACUGAUGGAACUGAUGAAGAUUCGGAUAAUUCAUCGUCUUCUUCAAUUGCAAAUCUCAACCAAGAAUCGGUAUUUCUUCAUAGAUCAAGAAUUCUAACCAAACCACCGCCUACUUUUGAUGAUUCCGAUGAUGAUGAAGAAGAUAUACCAUUACAAGAAGAUCACGAAGCUCCAACAAGAGAAUUUGAAAAUGUAACAUUGAAUGAUACUUUACAUAACACCUCAAUUGGGAAACCAAAAGUUACUACAGAAUCAUCAUUAUCAAAUAUAUCAUGUAUGUAUGCAAAUUCUAUGAGUUUUCUAUGGGGUUAA